AUGCGUUUUGAAUGGCAAAUAGAAGACACAUUUGUUGUCUUCAAUCCAGAGUUUAUUUAUGUGACUACUCCUCAUAACCAUGUACUUUUGAAAAUUAAGGGUUAUCCUGCAGAGUACCUAAGAGAGAUUGCAAGCGGCAGUGGAUCAGAUAGUGAAGGCCGGAAGUUGUCAAAAAGUAUGAGUUGCAAAGUCUGUCCUCCAGAUUGUCCAAACUGCACCUCUGGAGAACCCUGUCUGGUGGAAUACAACAUGCAUCUUCGAGGUGUCCCACUGGCAAUGCAAACCUUCUCCAUCACAACCGCCCUUCUCCUUGGAUUUCUUACCUUCCGCCUUCGACGAACACGGGAUGACCAUUAUUUUUUGCAAGGCUAUAUCACUAUUCCAGACAGCUUGGGUUCCGAACAUAAACCUGCUGAGGGGACUUAG